ACUCCCCAUCCCAGCACAGCGCUUUGACACCAGCCAAUCCUGCACGCCACAUCUUUAAUACACAACAAAGGAAUCGGCCGCAUCAGGGUCUGGUGGCUCACGCCUGCUACCUGCAAAUGCACAGCGGCGGAGGGGAGAUGCUCGCUGCUGCUCGCGUCUGAUUUUCCUGAGAACAGCAUGAUGCCGAAGUCAGGGACAUUCUCUGUGUAUUGAGACGGGCGCUGGAUUAAAAAGGUGUACGAGCACACACAGGACUGAACCACAGGCGGAGGCUUCAUUUUGCUUGUCAGUAUGGCCGUGAGCACCAUGUCAACCCCUGCCAUUUGGCCAGGGGAGGAGCAACCAUCACUGCUGGACCAGGAUGCCUGUCUGUCAGACCAGGCCCUUGUCUCUGUAGCGUGCCCAGCCGUGAGAGGCGACCAGUUCAUCCGCGGCACCAGCCAGGCCGGCUCGAGGCCCCCCCGCAGCAAAUCCAAAGGAGAGCUCGUCAUCGUGAUCAAUGAGAAACUGGAGAACAGUAAUGAGGCUCAUGCAGUAUCGGCAGAGAGCAGCUCUCCAGUCAUCUCCUCUCCUCCCAGAAGACAACACUCCAUCUCCUACUCCCAUCACCACGGCAAGACCCGCAAGGGGAGCAGGGCAGGCUCCAUCGGCUACACCGCCUUCUCCCCCAGGCCGUCGCUUUCCCGCCACUCCAGCAUCGCCACCAACCCACCUUUGGACCGGACCAAGGCCAAAGACUACCUCGUCCUGGCCGUGCUGGCCUGCUUCUGCCCCGUCUGGCCCAUUAACAUCGUGGGAUUCGUCUACUCCAUCAUGUCCAAGAACAGUCUUGAGCAGGGAAACCUGGACGGCGCCGUGCGACUGGGACGCGUGGCCAAGCUGCUCUCAGUGGUGUCACUAGUAGGAGGGACGGUCAUUAUCAUCGCCUGCAUUGUCAACCUGGCCAUAAAUGUGAAAACCUGAGUUUCAUCCCAGGAUGAAACUGGAUAAGGCAACUGACCGCCUGGCCCGCACCUGCACCACCGUCUCUUUACCGCCUAGUCAUUACCUGGAUGUGUGACAGUUAUACACCUGAUAUACAGUGCUUACUUAUCUUUCUGUAAUCUAUAUAAAUCCUUUUGCUAAUGGAAGAAAAUAAAAUAUGCAAGAUGCUGCUGCUCUCAGUCAGGGGUUUUGUUCGUCCGAUGAUAGAUGGAAAGGGGAGUAGACAGUCGGACUAACCGGUCCCUUCGUAUUCUGCUCAACACAUUCCUGACUCAAGACUAUCCUUGAGAAAAGAAGCAUCUCCUCGAGAACAAUGUCACAGCCGCAGAACUGACUCAGACAAGGUGGACUUGAAAACAGGAGGAGACCAACGGUUACAGAAAUGUGCGAUCUUAUGUGAGAAAUGGGAAGGAUUGCCUCACAGCUUCAGUGCCACAUGCAAGUCCCAACAAAAUGUCUGCCAGGUCCAUCCUUCAUUGCACUGACGACAGGAUGCAUCAGAAAUUCAGCUCGCUGUUAAAUCCCCUUGGAUACAUGGAGAAGCUUUGGGGAUUUGGGUUGCACCGGAGUCACAGAGAAGAAAUGCAUCCAUUUCCUCCAUAGAGAAGAAAUACUUUGAUUCUCUUCAGAGAGCAAAAAAAAAAAAAAAAAUGUUUUCAUUCACAUUAUAUUCUUGUUUCAGACUGUGGGUGUCCUGCCUGUGAAUUUAAUGACUCCUGCCAUACAUUUUGUGUUUGAGAGUGAGUGCAUAGGUGGCAAAGAGGAUAAAAAAAGAGGCUUACCAAGCACCAGCUAUGGGUGUUAAAAUGGAAGGGAUUAGGAAAAGUCUUGCAAAGCAGGCAAAGUCAUCACAGCAAGGAAAAUAUGUGCCAAAAAAAGAAAAAAAACAACUCACAGGAAAAGUUUCUUAUUCGUAAAGUCAUGUGCUUUGCUCUCAACUCUGACAACAAAGUUACAAAAUUGCAGACUGGACAUCUCUUUUACACCACUGACCACUGUAAUGAGAUACUGUACGCCUGAAUGGGGUAAAUGUGGACAACAACCACAAUAGCUUGAUUAAAACAUGUUGAGUGGCUGUUCAUAGCAAAUGCUACUUCUUCUAUAGCCUACCUUUUGAUAAUGUUUGUAACCGAUUGUUUUGGAGAAAAAAAAAUAAAAUAAUACUAGAAAUUUUGAACCAGUAAUUUCAUAAUGUGAUGCUCUUAGAGUGCCAGGCCACAGCUGAGAUUGUAUGGGCAUCGAUAUUUGGUUACCAAAUUAAAUAGUCUCUGCACUGUGGUCGCAGUCAAAGUCAGUGCCAGGGCAUCGCCGUAGCCUCAGGUUGGCACACAAGCACAAGGACAUGCAUCCCCGGGUAGCUUGUGUUUGUCAGACCAGACAGACAGUGGGAUGCUUUGUCCUACUCUGAACUAAUUACAACUCUGAGUAACUGUAGCUUAGUCUUAACAUGGUUUUGUCGGGAAUCAGACAAAAAAAGAAAAUCACAUC